AAAGUAGGAGGGUCGCUGGCUGGUUCGGGUCGCUCUCUUGCUUAUCUGCGCCUGCACAAUAAUCGUCUGUUUUGCCGAGACAAGUGCAGCGUUUAGUGAUUGCACCUGGUAAUGGUGUGUCAGUGAGCGGCGAUUCUCGCGGCGACGGCAUGGAUACGGCCUGGAUGGAAGAUGUGGUCAGCAUGAUGUCCGGCAGCACUGACGAAGGAGACACCCUGAACAUUAAAAAGGAGGAAGCAGACCAUGCGAAUUUCCAGCCUUGCUCGCCAUCCAAUAGCAACGUUUACUCCCCUAGCACAACGAUGGAAAUUUGCAGUGACAGCCAAGGAACGCCCAGAUCACCAAAAUGCUUAAAAUUUGCUUUUGUGGAUGGCGCAGCCACUUCUCCUGGCAGCCCAGACCGGCAAUUCUGCUCGAGUACAACCCAAUCCAAUGGAGACUCAAUGAUCAGGACAGAGGAAAGCAUGAAAGAGGAUGACUCCCCGCGCAGAUUGUGUUUAGUUUGCGGCGACACGGCGUCUGGCUUCCACUACGGAGUUGCAUCAUGCGAGGCCUGCAAAGCAUUUUUUAAACGGACAAUUCAAGGAAAUAUAGAGUAUACUUGCCCUGCUGCAAAUGAUUGUGAAAUCAACAAGAGGAGGCGGAAAGCUUGCCAGGCAUGUCGAUUCCAAAAGUGUCUCCGCAUGGGGAUGCUGAAGGAAGGCGUUCGUCUUGAUAGGGUACGUGGAGGUCGCCAAAAGUACCGUCGCAAUCCAGAGAUGCCCUACCAGAUGCAACAUGUUUCUGUUCCUGUCGCAAAACCGUCACUUGAAGAAAACAAAAUGCUAGAGGUGCUGAGCAAUUGCGAGCCUGAGAUUCUGCAGGUGGGUCCGGAGCAGUGCCACAGUGUGGACAACGAGUAUCAGACCAUCACCAUCCUGAGCGACCUGUAUGACAGGGAGCUUGUUGGAAUUAUCACUUGGGCCAAGCAGAUUCCAGGUUUCAUGGAUUUGUCACUCAACGACCAAAUGAGGCUGCUGCAGAGCACAUGGGCAGAAAUCCUGACCCUCACGCUUGUGUUCAGGUCACUGCAAAUGUCAACAGGCAGUGGUGGUAGCAGUGGCAAAUUGAGGUUCGCCUCUGACUUUUGGCUGGACGAGAAGUUGGCUCGUGAUAGUGGAGCAAGCGAAAUUUAUCAGCAUUGCAUUCAAAUUUUGUCGAGGUUUAGCCGAUUGUCUUUGGCAAGGGAAGAAUACCUUCUGCUGAAAGCUCUUGUCCUCGUCAACUCUGAUGUUAAUGUGGACGAGUACAUUCCUCUCAAGCAGUUGAGAGACAGCGUUCUAUCUUCUCUUACUGACUGCGUUUCUGUGCUCAGGCCCAACACAUCAGCCUACCACGUUCAGCAGCUGUUGUUGAGUCUACCCGCACUUCGCCAAGCAGACUUCAUCAUAAGGCGGUUCUGGUCGGACGUGCGCCACGAUGCUAAGGUGCCGAUGAAUAAGCUGUUUGUGGAGAUGCUUGAAGCGUGCCAUCGCUGACCUGAUUCAUUGAGAGACUGAUUCACAAUACUACUUCUGUUUGUUUGCUUUCGACUUGGCCGGAUAUUUGACAAAAAAAUUAUUAUUUAAUCGCAGUGCAGUGUUUCUUCGGAGUAGAUUUGCGAUCGAGAAGUUCAUUUUGGGCCAAAUUAGCCCAAAAAUAUUUUCUUCGUAAAUGGACUUUGGUAUGUGAUCGCUUUUGAGGCCGAGAAGCAGCCAGGUAGCUUUUAAGCUUCUUUUGAGCAAGCUUGACGUUGAACAUACGGUCGACAAAUUAACCAAUAUCAUCCAUUGCAAAACAGAGUAUAAUAUUUGUGUAAUUUGAGUGUAGUUGGUAGAGAGAUUCAAGUGAUUAUAAAAUCAAUUUUGGUCCAUAGGACUGAUAUUGUGUAAUCAUGUGUGUUAGAGAGUAAGACUCAUGAGCACCUAAAAUCUAACGUUUACGGAAAACUGCUCGCAUAAAAAUUGAUUCUCUUUAGAAGAGAUACAUUGGAUUUGGUGGGUUUUGGACUCGAAGUGCAAAUUUUCAUACUUACUUUCUCAUCUCAUCCUCAUUGGUCAUUUUUGUGCAUACUCUUGUCGUCACUAUAUGGGUAUAUGAUGAUUUUGUGAUGCUUUACUUUGAAUUAAUUGGUCAUAUAUUUUAUGCUUUUAUUGUUAACUUUGCAUAAUGUUAUUUAAAUUUUCAUCAAUCCUUUCCUUUGUGCCAAUCUUGUUCCCAACAGAGAGGGUAUAUGAUUAAUUAACAUUUUGGUCCCACUUAUCGCCCUUAUUUGAUUUGGACAUGAUGAUUAGCAUAACGCAGCAAACAAAGUACACAAAAGUAAAAAUAGGUAGCUUCAUGUAUUUUUUUUUUUUUGUACAUGGGCAUCACACACUGAAUUCAUAGAGCGCACUGCUUAAAACCCUGUCGAUCAUUUGCUGGGGCAAUGGUUCCUUUCUUUUAAUAGUUGUUGAUUAAUCGCAAAAUAAAAUAACAACAAGACUGAGCCAGAAUAUGAUUACGUUAUCACUAACAGUUGAAUCGCGGAUAAAUAUAAUAUUUCUGAGCGAAAGGGAGAGCAUACUAAUAACUAAAUUAGACUUGUAAUCAAUUAAUUUUCUGGGUUAGAGAGAAAUAAAUAUAUACACACACUUAUAUAGAACUCAACACCAUCCUGCGAGUAAUUUUAAUAGAACUUCACUAUGGGUAGUGGAAGAGAAUGCGUUUUAAAAGACUGUCUAGCCAUAUUAACCGUCUGUAAAUCGUCAGAAAAUUUUGGAUCCUUUCUCAGAGAUGGGGCGUGCAAAAGCUGUGAAUUAAUUUAAUCGAAAAAACUCCGUCACAAUCAAAGAAGUCUUAUUUGGCCAAAUGGAAAAUUGGCCCAAACACGCCCUACUUUCCCCUUAAAUUUGAAAUCUAUUUAAAAAAAAGCUUAACAAAUAGCUUAUAAUCCUCAAAAUUCCGAGUAUAUUGAAGACGAAUGAAUCGUGAGAUCAUCUCUAGCUGAUAUAUACUAAGUAAAUGUAUCAUGUAUUGAAUGAUAUUUUACCAAGACACACACACACACACAUAAACACACAGAUAGAGCAUAACUAUGGUAGAACAUAGUUGAAAUCUAUAUUUAACCUGCGCAUUGUUAUAUAAUUGAUUAAGACGUAAUUAUAAUUAUUCUGGGGCUGGAAAGUGAACAUAAUUAUAUCGGACACACACACGCGCG